AUGGAUGAAAAGCUAAAGUCUUUAGGCUACAGCAUUUGGAGAGAAGAAUCAGAGUGUUUAUGUUGGCUAGACUCCAAGGGGGUAGAGUUUGUGGUAUAUGUAAAUUUUGGGAGCUCAACCGGCAUGACAGAAGAAGAACUUAUAGAGUUCGUGUGGGGACUUGCUGAUAGUUGCCAUUACUUCCUUUGGAUAAUUAGACCUAAUUUGAUCAUGGGUGACUCUGCUAUCUUGCCACCUGAAUUUACUGUGGAAAUUAAGGACAGAGGUCUAAUCGGAGCUGGUGUCCGCUGGAGGAAGUCCUAA